CGAUAAGUAAGAAGUUAGAAAUUCUGUACAAGAAGACAAAUUUACCACAAAAUAUCAUCAAAAUGGAACAAGAAGCGACAGAUAACUUGAAAGGAAGAGGCCAUUUGUUCAAAAAUAAAGGCAAAGACCCUGAUGAAAUGAGAAGAAGACGAACAGAGGUAACUGUAGAAUUAAGAAAGUCAAAGCGAGAAGAGCACAUGUUAAAAAGACGAAAUGUUCCAGCCCAAGACAGUACAGACUCUGAGGACAGUGAAAGAACUACCCCCCAAUCUUUACAGUCAAUAGUAGCUAAUGCUGCCAGCCCAGAACCCAGUGUUCAGUUUUCAGCUGUUCAAGCUGCCAGGAAGUUGCUGUCCAGUGAUCGUAAUCCACCAAUAGAUGAUUUAAUAGCAUCUGGUAUUCUACCCAUCCUAGUAGGCUGUUUGAUCAAAGAUGACUUUUCGUCCCUUCAGUUUGAAGCUGCCUGGGCUCUCACUAACAUAGCAUCUGGUACAUCAGCUCAAACCAAAGCAGUUGUUCAAGCAGGAGCUGUACCUUUAUUUUUAAGACUGUUGCACUCGACUCAUUCGAAUGUCUGUGAACAGGCCGUUUGGGCUUUAGGAAACAUAAUAGGUGAUGGUCCUCAAUGUCGAGACUACGUCAUUAGUUUAGGAGCUGUCAAACCGUUAUUAAAUUUUAUCAAUCCCAAAAUUCCCCUGACAUUUUUACGAAAUGUAGCCUGGGUUAUUGUGAAUCUGUGUCGCAAUAAAGAACCCCCACCCCCUAUUAGAACAAUAGAAGAAAUAUUACCAGCUUUAUGUUACUUGAUUCACCACACAGACGUCAAUAUAUUGGUAGAUACAGUGUGGGCGUUGUCGUAUUUAACAGAUGGUGGUAAUGAUCAGAUUCAACUAGUAAUAGAUGCUAACGUUGUUCCUCUUUUAGUUCCUUUAUUAAGUCAUCCUGAUGUCAAAGUUCAGACAGCAGCAUUACGAGCUGUAGGUAAUAUAGUAACUGGGUCAGAUGAACAAACACAAACAGUUUUAUCUUGUGAUGCUCUGUCACAUUUCCCUUCUUUAUUAACACAUCCUAAAGAGAAAAUUAACAAGGAAGCUGUGUGGUUUUUAUCUAACGUCACUGCUGGUAACCAGCAGCAAGUUCAAGCUGUUAUUGAUGCUAAUUUAAUUCCUUUAGUUAUACACCAUUUAUCUAGGGGUGAAUUUCAAACACAGAAAGAAGCCGCGUGGGCGAUCAGCAAUUUAACAAUUAGCGGUAAAAAAGAGCAGGUGAUGUUCGUUGUAACAUUAGGAGUUAUUCCCCCUUUCUGUGAUUUACUAAGCGUGAAGGAUACUCAAGUGGUGAACGUAGUUUUAGACGGCAUCAAUAAUAUUUUAAAAAUAGCCGAUGAACCCGAAACUAUAGCUCAGAUGAUAGAGGAAUGUGGAGGUUUAGACAAAGUAGAAGCUCUACAGAAUCAUGAAAAUGAAGAUAUUUACAAAUUAGCUUAUCUUAUAAUAGAUCACUAUUUUUCAGGAGAUGAGGAUGAAGAAGUUACUAUAGCACCGGAAGCAUCAAGUGAAGGCUAUCAAUUCGACAGUAAUACCCAAAUUCCUCAAGAUGGUUUUAAAUUUUGAUGCGGCACGACAGAAAGGUGGAGCAAAAAAAACUCCUUCCAAUGUUUUAAUUGGUAUACGCUAUAAGAAUACAAAACAACAACCAUGCAUAUAUUUUACUUGUGACUUUUACGGACCACCCUCGUUCAAACAUGGUUUUAAAACAAUUCAGACAAAUUUCUGCUUUUCCGAUAAAAAAGAUAACAAUUUUCCAGAUAUUUUUCUUGAAAACAUGAAGAAUUUUUGCUGUUUGGAAAUUGGAAAUAUUGUACAGUUUCAGAAAUAGAUGUUAAUAUUUUCCACAGUUUGACAAAUGUACCCCUGUUUCUGCAAUUAUUAAAAAAAAAAUAUGGAAAUACUUCUGCUGUUAAUUUAACAAUUCUGUGCUAUUUUUUCACCUGUUAUGGAUAAGCUUAAAAAAUAUUCUCCUGUUUCAACAUGCAAAAGGAAAUUUCCCCCUGUUCGGGAAUGGAAAAAACAAAAAUAUAGUUUUGGAG